AUGUCUUCAUCAUCAUCGGUCGAUACUAAAAAAGGAACAUGGUCAAAAGAAGAAGAUGAAAUAUUAAAAGCAUAUGUGGAAAACCAUGGAACCAGAAAUUGGAACGAGGUAUCGAAAAAUGCCGGGCUUAUACGUUGCGGUAAAAGUUGUCGUCUAAGAUGGUAUAAUCACCUGCAACCAGAUGUGAAAAAGGGUCCAUUUAGUGAAGAAGAAGAAACAAAAGUUUUUGUGUUCUAUAAAAAGUAUGGUGAAUUCAAAUGGUCUAAGCUGGCUGAGGAGUUACCGGGAAGAAGCGAUAAUGACAUCAAGAACUUUUGGAACGCGAGAAAAAGAAAACUUGAAAGGCGUGGCUUGUCACCCUUCCCUGACAACAUGGAACUGGAUGAUGAGCUGAAUAGUAGCCAACAAAUUGAGGAUUCACAAGAAGAUGAAUUUCAUAUACCACAAUUGAAAUUUAGAAAAUAUCCAUCAAUUUUUGAUGAGAUAAAUGAAAAACUUUUAGAUGUCCCAAACAUGUUCUACAAUAAUAUUGUGGGAAGUACUUCAACAUUGAUUGAUAGGGGAAGCAUUAUUGGAACUUCUUAUAUACCUAUGGCUCCACCCCCACCAUGUUCAUACCUUCCACCACCUAUGGAGACUCAGUAUCAUGGUGACUUUAUGGAUCCAGAUUUUUGGUUACACAACAGUUCAUUAGACAAUGACGAUGCUAGGCGUGUGUAUUUGUCUGAGACAAAUUUCGUUGAUGAAAAAGGGAAGAAGCCUAUUUCGUUGGAGGACGAUGUUGAAGCAAACCUCCUUGAUGACUUCAUGGAUCCAUUUCUAUGUAUUGACUUCAGUAAUUUGGAGGACGAUGUUGAAGCCGGCGGUCGUUUAUUUGACAAUGAUGAUAACCGUAACUUGCAUGACACGAUAUAA